CGCUGGGUUCAAGCCCUUCGCCGAAGGAGAAGCGUCUGCUAUGAGACUUUCUAGAGCAUCCGGAGCUGGAGAUUGUGCGUUGGAGACCUGCCCAGGCCCUGCAGAGUCACGAGACUGACGUCACUGACGAUCUGGAGAGCGUUGAACUUUGUUGGCAGGGGCUCAGCUUCUGGAGAACCUGAUUACAGCACCCUUGAGACUCGUUAUGUCUCUCGUUAGUGAGGAAACUCCUCCCGGGCUCCUCUACGUUUCGACCUGUUCGCCGCAGUCGGUCCCCACCCCCCAGGGGGGCUACAGCACACCAGAGACGACCACGGCGAGUCUUUCGCCACCACAGCGGCAGGCGGGUGGUCAGAAGACUGGUACGGUCACGGGGACGAUGUGUGCGGUCUGCGGUGAGAUCUCGAGCAGGGAGACCAUGUUUAGGAAGCACUACGGAGUCAUCUGCUGCGAAGCCUGCAAGUGCUUCUUCAGACGGACCGUCCAGAUGAGUCGAGACUACAAGUGUCGCUAUGACGGCAGGUGUACGAUUGGUCGAUUCCCCGAGAACAUGAAGCAGGUGUGCCAAGCCUGUCGGUUCACCCAAUGCCUCAGAGCUGGCAUGAAAAUAGAAUCUGUGAAGAAGUUCCCGAGGAAAGGAGGGAGAGAGGGGAAGCAGUCGGGAGGAGGAGACUCAGAAAACAGCGACGGGACAGGAAGUGACCAGGCAAAGUUCCAGAAGGUCCUGAAGAACUUUUCCAAGGGGAAGAAGAGAGCCAAGUCGGCCAUCGCGGGAGGGGGUGAGGAAGAGACCUCGACAAACGGGACUCUGUUUUCUCCUCGUCCGAAACAAGUGAAAGCCGAGAGUGAGACUGAUGUGGACUCUGACCUCAGGUUCUCUCCCUGUCCCACAUCGCUGAUGUCAUCGAUUGGUCUCGGGGACCAGUCAAUUGUCUCCUCGUUACCCCGAGGAGGUGACGUGGUAAACGGAGAGAGCGGGGUACCCCACUCUACUCCAACCCCGGCUCCUGGCGGCGGCGGAGUAAAGAGAACACCCCAGGACCCCCAGACACUAAUCAGCAAGAAGAUGAGAUUGGAGAGCACGCUGAGCCAGCUGCGUCCCCUCUCUCCCCCACUCUCUGCGGUCCUCUACACCUCCCUCUCUCCCCCUCCUCUCCCCCAGAGUGCUCCCUACACCCCUCCCUCCUUCCAGCACACAUCCUCGGCCCACUACCACCAUUAUCCCUACAGCAGUCACCCCGGUAGUGUGGUCAACAGUCCAGAGUCGCACCCUCCCUCCGUCUACAAUUCUCACGCCAACACUCCCUAUGCCACGCCCCACGGAACACCCGUACACUCUCCUCUUCCUUCCCCGACCACAGUUGGCCCCGCCUCCUCUUCCAUCCACCCCCCACGUUCCUCAGUACCCUCCCCACUCCUCCCUCCUCUCUCUCCCAACCUUCACCCGGCACAACAAUCUCCUCUUCUCCCAGAGCCCCGGAGCUGUCUUCCUCAACUCGUCACAGCAGGUUCCAUUCAGGGUCCUCCCCGUGGCCCAGCCCCUCCUCCCGUUCAUGGCGUCCUUCCCUUCAUUCCAGCCGCAGGUCCAGUCCUGUACUAACGAGAUUGCCCCGGGGCCUUCCCCCUUCUCCAUCAUCCCCAUUCCUUCAUCUACAGCCCGACUCCCCAGACCCACUCAGAGAGGUGUCCUCAUUUCAGCUUAGAGAGGGCUCUGCUGCAUUUGUUGACGUGACAAAUGAUUUGAGAGAGCCCCUCUCUUUCUCAGGUGCAGCCCCAGCAUGACGAGGAGUUGCCUCAACCCUCCCUCCCUCCUCCUGAGACUGGUGACAUCGAAGAGCCGCCCCCUAGUGCUCCGCCCUCCACCCGAGCCAGCCCUGAACCAUCUUUCAAAACUUCAUCCACGGCAGAUGGAGACACAUUCCCGGAGGCUGAGGUGGACGAAGUUCUGGACUCUCUGAGACAGAGAAUCAGGAAGAUGUUCAGCUGGGCCAAGUCAGACGUGACCGGCUUCGAGGACCUCUCUCCACUCGACCAGAAGGCCCUGCUGCGGAGGACGGUGGCUGAACUGGUCAUGCUGGGCUUUGCCAGGGCCUCCAUUGCCUAUGAUGGGGUUCUGUUGCUAGGUAUGACAGGGAAGGCCAUUCGACCUACCAACAGCAACUCGGGUGUGUCAGCGGUUGCCUCGGUGACGCUGAAGAAGCUAGUGGAGCCUCUGAAGGUGGUGAACAUGGAUAACAAGGAGUACAGUCUGAUGAUGGAGAUUGUGCUUUUCAACCCUGAGUCCAGUUGUCUGAGAAACAGAGAGGUGGUUCGAGCCCAUCGGAAGAGGAGUCACAUCUCCCUCAAGGAGUACACCGACAAGCACUCGUCGGGGGAUCUGGGAGGUUUGGGGAGCUCAUGUGUCUCCUCACCCCGCUCUUCGAGGUCAGUACAGAGGUCACCGAGCAACUGAGACUGGAGCACUUUGUUCACGAGGGGGAGGCGAGGAUCGACGCUCUCCUCCUCAUGUCAAUGAUUAACGGGGCAGAGGAGGUGGGGGGACUUGGGGCAACCUGACCACAUGACAUCACAAAAAACUCUUUCUAAAUCCUCCCCAUGUUCCUUUUCACCAAAUUUUCUCGUGUUCGCUGCAGUUUUGUGUGUCAAGCAGCAAUAAUUGUAUUUUUCUAUAUAAACAGCAAAAAUUAUAGUCUUUCUAUAAAUAAAAACAAAAAGAAUGAUAUUUUUGAAAUCUAAAAUCUAAAAGUAAAUUCUUCACGUUCAAAAAUGUUUCUAUGAGUUGUCUUGUUCUGUGCGAGGCUUUUUCCGAGCUGGGCUAGAGGGGGUGUGGUCAGUGGGUGUGGUAUUCUUGGCAUCAUAGGUGGUCUUGAGAGAGUU